UACACAGUGCAGAAUCCUACUACUCUAACUUUCCCUCAAAAAAAAAAAAUCCUACUACUCUAACCAAUCACCUUCGACUAUCUCAGGGGUACACGCUAACAUACCAUACACCCCUCCACUCUUCACAGUCACAGUCCACAAAGAACGAUUAACGAAACCUAAAACCAAAACCCCCCCAAAACCCCUCCCGAGAUUCUUUGGUACACUCCACUCGCCAUUUCCCAUCCAAAUUUCAUUCUUUGUACCUCCUAUUUUUAAGUCGUUAUUCAUCUUCAUCUUCUCCAUCGCGUUUAGGAAAAAAACCAGCUCCACAACUUGUUUGAUCUGAUGUUUUAAUCUGGUAUCUUCUAUCGUCUUCUCUGGGGAGUUUUUGUUCCUUGGUUCUUCUUAUUCUCAAAUGAGUGUUGGCAAUUUUUUUUGCCUUCACCUUAAUUUAGCUAAUGGGUAUAUCCCAAUUUGGGAGAGGAGAAAAUCUAUGGAGAUUCAUUUCAAAUUCCCGUGAUUCAUUUGUUUUGGAUGCUCAAUUUGUCUGAUUCUUCUGGGUUUUCAGAUUUUUGAUGUGGCGAUGGUUAUUUCAUAUGAAUGCUUGGGUUUAGGAUUUUUGUUUUGAUGAGGGGUUAUGUUUCAAUCUGAGGGGAUUCCUAGAACAUGCUCUCUCUGCGACCUAUUCGCAGGUUUUGUCAUGCCGCCGCCUCCGCUAUAGUAUCAAGUGAGUGUCCCGCAGCUGCGUCCAGUAAGGUUUUUAGUUUGAAGGACAUAGAAGAACCUGCUCUUGUUAAGCUCAAAGCGGAGAGAGACCCUGAUAAGCUAUUUCACUUGUUUAAAGCUAAUGCCCAUAAUCGGAUUGUUAUUGAAAAUCGAUUCGCAUUUGAAGAUACUGUAUCUCGGUUAGCUGGAGCCCGGCGUUUUGACUAUAUAGAGCAUUUGCUGGAGCAUCAGAAGACUCUUCCGCAGGGCCGGCGUGAAGGGUUCAUUGUGAGAAUUAUAAUGUUGUAUGGUAAGGCUGGAAUGACCAAAAAUGCAAUUAAUACUUUUUAUGAUAUGCAUUUGUAUGGUUGUAGGCGAACUGUUAAAUCUUUUAAUGCUGCACUUAAGGUUUUGGCACAGUCCCAUGAUUUAGGAGCAAUCGAGGAUUUUCUAAGAGAGGUGCCAUUGAAGUUUGGCAUCUUAUUGGAUGUGUUUUCGAUUAACAUUGUUAUUAAAGCUUAUUGCGAGAUGUGUAUUUUGGAUAAAGCAUAUUUGAUAAUGGUGGAGAUGGGAAAGGUGGGGAUACAGCCGGAUGUUAUCACAUAUACAACAUUGAUGUCAGCUUUUUAUAAGUACAAUAGGUACGAGAUUGGCAAUGGUUUGUGGAACCUUAUGGUGCUAAGGAGGUGUUUGCCCAAUGUUGCUACGUUUAAUGUUAGAAUUCAGUAUCUUGUUAAUAAGAGAAGAGCAUGGGAAGCCAACAGAGUGAUGAGUUUGAUGCCAAAUAUUGGCAUUUCACCUGACGAGGUUACCUACAACUUGGUGAUCAAAGGAUUUUGCCUAGCUGGGUACAUGGAAAUGGCUAAAAGGGUUUAUUCUGCUUUACAUUCCAAGGGAUUUAAACCCAACAUAAAAAUUUAUCAGACCAUGAUUCAUUAUCUUUGUAAAGAAGGGGAUUUCAGUUUAGCUUAUACCAUGUGCAAAGACUGCAUGCAAAAGAAUUGGUUUCCAAAUGUGCUUACUAUUCUUGCCUUGGUUGAAGGCCUUAAGAAGAAUGAGCAACUUGGUAAGGCUAAGGCAAUUAUUACAUUAGCUCAGAGAAAGGCACCUCCAUUUUCUUCAAAACAAUUGGGUGCUCUUCGUUCCAUGCUGUCCAAGCGUUGAAUUAGAUAGAUGACUUCGAAGAGAAAUUUCAUUUUUGAUGUAACCGGGAAGCUCAACAGGAGCUGGUAUUUUUUUUCCUCAUUUUUAUUUGUAAAUUUUUUUAACUAUUUGGAUAUGAACUUUCUGGAAAGAUCAGAGGAAAGACAGCCCUUUUUUCUUGGUGAAUUUGUUGUACCACCGCAAUAAAGCUUGUCACUGAAUGAGAUUUCACAAUGGAAAUUGUUCUUUCUGCAAUAACUUCCUCUUUCCAUUCAGUGUUCAUUUCAAUAUUUUUCUUACACGAUAUUGUGCAAUGAUAUGCAAGCAUCAUUGCCACUUUUUAUGUAAUGAGUCGUCAUUCUGUAUCUAAUCAUGGUUUGUAUAUUCCUAUGUAAGGUUAUGCAUUUCGUCCAUUAUUAUUUGCCAUAUUUGAUUAAGGAUAAUUAUUUGAUCUUAGAUGUCAAUUAAUUCCUGACUCAUUACAUCUGGCUUUCAUUGCAGGUUUGUUUAUGGUAGUAGUUAAUUUGUGGCAUCUUACAUGCUUUGUUCUGUUUCAGCUUUGGUGGUGACAAACAGAAGGGUCGACCCAAGUUAAAAGUCAUCCUGCUCCACUUUGAAGUGGUCAAUCCACCAACAUUUGAUCAAUAGUCGUUGAUUGGUUUUAAGGAAGAAUCAGUUAGCUGUUAUUUGGCAAGCAAGGUGGAGAUCACUCAUAUAGCUGCUGUGGUGCGAAAACAACACAAGUUGGAAAAUUUAUAAAAAAGGAUACGCGGGGCUGCGAGAAUCGAUUGUCUUUUCCAGGUCCUUGUGUAUUUUUUCACCUAGCAAUUACUAUGCCGGAUUCAUUCCUGCUUUCUUUUUGGAACUAUCUCGUGGUUAUUUGGGAACAAAAGAAGUUCCAGUGGCCCCAGUUUCCAGUGGUCUUAGUUUUUUAAGAAACUUACACUUUCAGGAUAUAUAUGUAUAGAAAGGUGAGAGGAGACACUAUCAGCUUGUGUUGUAUCUUAAAACUGAAUCCAAUUGUCUAGUACUGCUACACAAGAGGCACAACUACUGCUCAUACAUACACAGAGAAUAUAGAUACAUUUUAUUUCUUUUUUC